UUGAGGAAAAUACGACCAGUCUAUACAGUUUUCUCUACACAAGGCUAUACAAAGUUUUCGCGUAAAAUAGAUCAUUUUUAUUUUCGAAAAGGAGAAAUAACAUGAGUACGAGACAGGUUUUACAAGUCUUUGAACAGUACCAAAAAUCCAGAACUACAUUUGUUCAGACCGUGGCUGACCUAGCUUCGCGUCCUCAAAAUAUUGAGACACUUCAAAAUGCAGGUGUUAUGUCAUUGUUGCGUCCAUUGCUUUUGGACAUAGUACCAACAAUUCAACAAACAGCAGCUUUAGCUCUGGGCAGACUGGCAAAUUAUAAUGAUGACCUUGCAGAAGCCGUAGUCAAAGGGGACAUAUUGCCACAGCUUGUCUAUUCCCUUGCUGAGCAGAAUAGAUUUUAUAAGAAAGCUGCAGCAUUUGUUCUCCGUGCAGUUGCAAAACAUUCACCAGAAUUAGCACAGGCUGUAGUAGACUGUGGUGCACUGGAUGCACUGGUUAUUUGCUUGGAAGAAUUUGAUCCAGGAGUGAAAGAGGCUGCAGCCUGGGCACUAGGGUAUAUUGCUAGGCAUAAUGCAGAAUUAUCUCAGGCAGUUGUGGAUGCUGGUGCUGUUCCAUUGUUGGUGUUAUGUAUCCAGGAACCUGAACUAUCUUUGAAGAGAAUUGCUGCAUCUGGUCUUAGUGACAUUUGUAAACACUCACCAGAGCUUGCCCAAACAGUGGUUGAUGCAGGUGCAAUUGCACAUUUGGCUCAGAUGAUACUUAAUCCUGACUCCAAAUUAAAGCGCCAAGUAUUUUCAGCCCUCAGCCAAAUUGCCAAACACUCUGUGGAUUUAGCAGAAAUGGUGGUCGAAGCAGAAAUAUUCCCUGCUAUACUCACUUGCCUGAAAGAUCAAGAUGAGUAUGUGAGGAAGAAUGUGGCAACGCUCAUCCGAGAAAUUGCCAAGCACACACCAGAGCUCUCUCAAUUGAUUGUGAACUCGGGAGGUGUAGCAGCUGUUAUUGAUUAUGUUGGCGACUCGCAAAAUAACGUUCGACUUCCUGGAAUUAUGAUGCUCGGUUAUGUCGCCGCACAUUCUGAGAACUUGGCCAUGGCAGUAAUUGUCUCCAAGGGAGUCGUUCAGCUUGCAAUUGCCCUGAGUGAGGAGAAAGAAGACCACAUUUUGGCUGCGACAGCCUGGGCAUUAGGUCAGAUAGGCCGCCAUACACCAGAGCAUGCCAAAGCGGUAGCUGUUGCCAAUGUUUUACCAAGAUUACUACAACUGUAUCUCAAAACUGGCAGUUCCGAAGACUUACAAGCAAAGGCCAAACGAUCGUUAAAGAACAUCCUUCAAAAGUGUACCCACCUACCAGCCUUGGAACCGUUGCUGCACGAUGCCCCUCCUAACAUUCUUAAACACGUCGUUGGUCAGUUUGCUAAAGUCCUACCUCAUGACAGUAAAGCCAGAAGAGUGUUUGUCACGACCGGGGGGUUGAAGAAGGUUCAAGAGAUCAAAGCCGAUCCUGCUUCCGCACUUCAUGAGCACAUCACCACAAUCAACAGUUGUUACCCAGAGGAAAUUGUCAGAUACUACUCACCUGGUUAUUCAGAUCAGCUACUGGAGAGGGUGGAACAAUACCAGCCCGUAAUUUAACGUGUUUAUUUCUCUCAUUUGACUUAAAUUUUAUCUUACUCGCUUUAGAACAAUGCUAAUAUUUGUAUAGGGUAUAAUGGUGUAUGCUACGAAAUUGUAAAUAAUAAAACUCCGCACUAUGAUUCUGUGACAAGUUUAGAAUUAUACUACUCCACUCGA